UGUAACGAAGUCGAGUUAUACAGCUAUGAUUGUAAUAAAUUAAUAAUAUUGUGCCAAUAAGAGAUCUUUAUGUAUUGAUAAGUGCAUUUGUGUAUUGAAAACCAUCAUUGUGAAGAAUGGUUUUUGCGAAAACUGCUUUAGGAAGGUAUAUGAACCCCCCUGCCAAAAGAAACCAAGCAUAUUGUCCAACAGAUGAAGAGCAGAUAGCCAAUUGCAUAACUCAUAGUGUUUUUAUCUUACCAUCCAUCUUUGGGGCAUUUUUUCUUUCUCAUCUUGCAAAAACAUCAAUACAGAAAUCUGUUGCUUGGCUCUAUGGCAGUGGGUUAUUUUUUCUAUUUUUGGUCUCGUCACUCUUUCAUGGUGUAUCUUUGUUAAAAAGUUACAGGAAAAUACGUUUGCUUCUUCAUCUUGGUGAUCGUUCUGUCAUCUAUGCUUUUAUUGCAGCUUCAUACAUGCCAUGGUUGCUACUGCAAGAUGUGGGAGAUAAAGGCAUUAUGGUGGCUUGGCUUAUAUGGUUUGCUGCAGUAGCUGGUAUUUUCUACACAUUCAUUUUUCAUGAAAAAUACAAAAUGAUUGAAAUUAUUCUCUAUCUUAUUAUUGGUAUUUGUCCUUCAUUUUUAUUUUAUUUUGUGGAAGAAGCAAAAGGUAUAAAAGAGUUGAUCAUUGGCGGAGCAUUUUAUGUCCUAGGUGUUCCGGUGUUUAAAUGUGACGGCCGUAUACCAUUUGCGCAUGCUCUUUGGCAUAUUUUCGUUGUAUGUGGUGCUUUAUGUCAUUAUUAUGCUGUUGUAAUACAUCUGUACCUGUAGUUAGGUGGGAUUUCUCAUAGAUAACAUUUCAUUCUCGUCAUUCAAUGAUAUUUUUGUGGGGUAUGUUGUACAUAGCAAUUUAUCUUUUCAAUAAUCGAUAUCAACCGUCACUAUAGUGCUUUGUGGAGAUAGCAAAAACUCAAGUUAUUGAUAUAUUAAUUCCUUAUUAUUAAUCAUACAUUCAAUUUUUCGUCGCCGACCGUCUCCCCACAUUAAAACAUACGCUACAGUCGUCUAUAAAAUAUCUUGCUAUAAUCCAGGAUAAAACUGCGGACUUAUAUUCAACUAGUGAAGUCAAUAAAGUAAUGUGAAAUGA